AUGCAGGGCAUUACAUCUGAAAAAACCGAGAAGACCAAUACAGGAAUGCCGACUGGUAGCGCAGUCCCAGACGCCCCUCCCAAAAUCCCACGAAAAGAUGCUGAUUCAGAUGACGAUAAAGAUGACAGUAAGAACGAGGAGAAGGAUGAAAACAUGGACGACGAGAGUACCGACAGCGAUGAUGACGACAGCGAUAUUGCCACAAUCACCGUGACUCUGAGAACAAGUAUCGAGCUGAAAGGCCUCCCCAACUCUUUCCCGCGGACCGUGAUAGUCCUGGAAGUCGACUUCAACGAAGCGUCCACGAACCCCGAACCUAUCUUCGAAUUUACUCGCGAUAACGCCUUCCACGAUAUUAUUGACAACAUGGAGCAGUGCAUGCACCACGUCGACGAACGCUUAUUCGACAGAGCAAAGAUACGAAACUCCGGUAAGCCACGACCCUGGUUCGAAUUCGAGUCUUUCGAACAUCUGCAAGAUUUGUUGGAAGUCAGCAAGAACAAUCCUUUACCCAAGGAGAGUGAUUGGAUGGAACACCUGUUGUGUACGCCAGGUCUCCAACGCAUCGAUGUCGUGUUCACAUAUAGGGCUUACAGAAACACGGCCCGCAAGUACCACCUCUUUGCGGAAGACGAAAAUGGCGUCACCGUAGGUCAAUUUGUGAAGGCUUUUCGCGAUCAGCUGCAGCAUGCGGAAGCAGACAUACGCAAGUUUUCUGAUAAGCUUACUCUCAUCUGUAAUAAGUGUUUCGACGACGCUAUCAACGAAGACUGA